CGGUCAGUCCGUCUCUGAAAGCUGUGGAGAGUGGUUGUACCUCUCUCUUGCUCUCUCUCACACCCAGCAUCCUUCGCUGUCUCUCACCCAGCAUCUCUCGCUCCCACUUCCUCACAGCAUCCUCUCCCUCUCUCUCUCGCUCUCUUUCUCCUUUCAUCCGAGUACAAGGAACUACUGACGGUUAUCGGCAUGGAAGGUGAGGAGUUCAGGGCAGCCUCUCAAGAGAUGACGGACUUUAUCGUCAAGUAUCUCGAUAACAUCAGAGAGAGGCGUGUUCUCCCUGAGGUGACCCCGGGGUAUCUGCGCCCCCUGCUGCCCCCCGCCGCCCCCGAUGCCCCGGAGACAUGGCGGGAUGUGAUGAACGACAUAGAGAGGGUCAUCAUGCCGGGGGUGACUCAUUGGCACUCCCCACAGUUUCACGCCUAUUUCCCCACGGGCAACAGCUAUCCUUCCAUCCUUGCCGAUAUGCUGAGUGACGCAAUCGGCUGUAUCGGGUUCACAUGGAUCGCGUCGCCGGCCUGCACGGAGUUGGAGGUAGUGAUGAUGGACUGGCUGGGUCAACUCCUCGGCCUUCCGGAGCAGUUUCUGGCCGCUUCGGGAGGGCAGGGUGGAGGCGUGAUCCAGGGUACAGCUAGCGAGGCAACACUGGUGGCCUUACUAUCAGCCAAGGCCAAGAAGCUAAGUGACCUGACCUCCAGCGGCACCACCACCACCACCACCUCCAGCAACACCACCAGCGAUGACCAGAGGAGGGUGACCGACCAGCUGAAGAAAGAGCAUUCUUGUAAACUGGUUGCCUACUGUUCGGACCAGGCCCACUCCAGCGUCGAGAGGGCGUGCAUGUUGGGUGGAGUGGAGGUUCGCAAGGUGGACUCGGAUGAGGACUUUGCGAUGAGAGGUCCGGCCCUGAGGAAGCGUGUGUUGGAAGACCUCAAGAAUAAGAUGGUCCCGUUCCUGGUGGUGAGUACAAUGGGUGCAACUCCGGCCUGUUCCUUUGACAACCUUCGAGAGAUCGGCGAGGUGGCCAAGGAGUUCGAUUUGUGGAACCAUGUGGACGCCGCCUACGCUGGUUCAGCGUUGAUUUGCGAGGAAUUUCGAGGUCUAUCAGAUGGGAUUGAACUCGCUAAUUCCUUCAACUUCAAUCCGCAUAAAUGGUUUCUGAUUAACUUUGACUGCUCGGCCAUGUGGUUCAAAGACGCCAGAGAGGUCGUGGACGCCUUCAAUGUUGACCCUCUCUAUCUCAAACACGAACAUCAGGGCGCGGUGCCGGACUAUAGGCACUGGCAGAUCCCCCUCGGCCGUCGGUUCCGAUCCCUCAAGCUGUGGUUUGUGAUGCGUCUCUAUGGAAAGGAGGGAUUGCAAGCCCAUAUCAGGAAGCAAGUCUCGCUCGCCCACCGCUUCGAGGACCGCGUUAAGAGUGACCAGCGCUUCGAGAUCAUCCUGCCUGUCACUCUGGGCCUCGUCUGCUUCCGUCUGAAGGGUCAGAGCAACGAGGUCAACGAGGAACUCUACAAGAAGAUCAACAACGGCGGAGUCAUUCAUCUCGUGCCCUCCAAGAUAAGGGACGUGUAUUUCCUCAGGUUAGCAGUGUGCUCGCGGCAGACGGAGGAGAAGGACAUUGACCUGGCCUGGCGGGAGGUGCUCAAGCAGACGGAGGCGCUGCUGCAGUAAUCUUCUUCUUCUUCCUCUUCUUCUUCUUCUUUUUGUUGAUCUUCUUCUUCGUUGUCUUCUUCUUGUUCGCUUUCGUAUUUAAUUUCGUCUUCUGCUUCUUCUUCUUCUUCGUUUUCCGCCUCUUCUUCUUCAUCUUCUUCUUCUUCUUCAUUUUCCUUUUCUUAAUCUUCUUUUUCUUCCUUUUCCUCCUCUUCUUCUUCAUCAUCUUCUUUUUCUUCAUUUUCCUUUUCCUCUUUUUAAUCUUCUUCUUCCUUUUCCUCCUUCUUCUUCUUCUUCGUUUUCCUCCUCUUACUCUUCUUCUUCCUCUUCCUCCUCCUCUUCUUCCUCUUUUUAAAUCGAUUGUUUUAUGACUCCUCAACAUUAUUUUAACUUUUAUCGAAUUAUGAUUUUAAUUUCUCAGUCUUUUAAUCCUUUUUUUUUUCAUUAUUUCCUAUGUCGCUCUGAAGCCUAAAAAAAAAAAAUAAUAACAACAAUAAUGAUAAUAAUAAUGAUAAUAAAAAGUUUCCCCGUCAUAAGAGUGCUUCCCAAUAAUAAUAAUAAUAAUAAUAAUAAUAAUAACAAUAAUAAUAAUGAUAAUAACUAUAUAUAUAAGAAAAUACAGACGGGGAUUAGUUAGGCUAUCGAGAGUGAGUUAUAUUUUAAUUUUAACCAUUACUACUACUACUACUACUACUACUAACCUACUACUAUUACUAUUACUACUACUACUACUACUACUACUACUACUACUACUACUACUACUACUAUUACUACUUCUAUUUUACCAUUUUUAUUAAGCAAUACCUAUAACUAUACUAUGUUUGUUCGUACGUUCGUUUUAUCUCACGUGUAUAUCGUUCAUAACACAAUUUUUAAGUUCAUAACAGUUAGGAAUAGUGGUAAUGGUUGUAGUAGUAGUAGUAGUAGUAGUGGUAGUAACAUAUGCCUCCCUAACUACCACCACUACUGCUACUACUACUACUACUACUACUACUACUACUACAACUACCCAUGGCUGUGAAUUCGUGCUCCCUUAAUUAACUUGGAAAUGGUCAUAAGUGCUCAAAGAAAAGAAGAUUAUAGGCCUAAGUGGUGUGGUAUCGGCCUCCCUAUAAUAACUAUAUUAACUUGGAAAUGAUCAUAAGUGCUCAAAGAAAAGACGAUUAUAGGCCUAAGUGGUGUGGUAUCGGCUUCCCUAUAAUAACACUACCGCCACUUCUGCUGUAACACUUAUUAAUGGUGACUUCUCCGAGCAUUCAACUAUAACCCAUGGCUGUGAUAUCGUGCUCCCAACAACAACGUCUGUGUAUGGCUAUAUUUUUUGCUGAUUAUAUUGGCAAACUUAUUUUUUCCGCGUUAAAAAGACAUGUAUAACCUUUUUUUUAGAUGUUCUGUGUUCUUCAUAUUGUUCUCAGAUAAAUAUUCAGGCAUUUAUGAAUCUAUUAGAGAAAGUAUUAUUCCAACAACGUGUGUGUGUGGCUAUAGUUGUAUAGAUUUUAUUAACAAACUAUUUUUUUCCACGUUAAAGACAUUCCUACCCUAUUUUAGAAGUUCAGUGUUGUUCCUAUUGUUCUCAGAUAAAUAUUCAGGCAUUUAUUGAUCUAUUAGAGAAAGUAUUAUUCCAACAACUAUUUUUUUUUCCACGUUAAAGACAUUCCUACCCUAUUUUAGAAGUUCAGUGUUGUUCAUAUUGUUCUCAGAUAAAUAUUCAGGCAUUUAUUAAUCUAUUAGAGAAAGUAUUAUUGCAACAAUUUUUUUUUCCACGUUAAAGACAUUCCUACCCUGUUUUAGAAGUUCAGUGUUGUUCAUAUUGUUCUCACAUAAAUAUUCAGGCAUUUAUUAAUCUAUUAGAGAAAGUAUUAUUCCAACAACUAUUUUUUUUUCCCACGUUAAAGACAUUCAUACCCUGUUUUAGAAGUUCAGUGUUGUUCCUAUUGUUCUCAGAUAAAUAUUCAUGCAUUUAUUAAUCUGUUAGAGACAGUAUUAUGUAUUAAGUAUUAGGUGUGACUAUAUUUUUACGGCUUUUAUUUACGAACGAGCAAUGAACCUCAGCCAAAACAUUGUGUGCAUGGCGCUUCCCGUGGUAGAAAUUAAGAUCAAACCCAAAUAAAUAAUUAACCAAG